CUAAAUAGACGUGUUUUUGUACGGCGUUUGCUGUGUCCUCCACACCGUUGAAAGAACCUGGGAUAUAAAGGCUAUCAUUGCCUUCACGUUAGCUAGUAAGCUAAGACAGUCUAUGUGGACAAAGCUGACGCAUGAUGACACCGGCUAUAGCUUACCCUAGGAGGCCAGUAUCCGUCCCCUUCAGAAAACACAAUGGAGACCUCACCCACCUACAACAUAUCCAAGGCCAACACCACCUUCGCUCUGGACCUUUUCAAAAAGCUCAGUGAUGCCGACAAGACCGCCAAUAUCUUCUACUCCCCCUUCAGCAUCUCUUCAGCCCUGGCUAUGGUGAUGCUGGGGACCAGGUGCAACACAUCCACACAGAUGUCAGAGGUCCUGUGUUUUACUGAGAAAGCAAAGGAGGAAGGAGCAGAGACGACGUCAUUUCAGUCACCAAUGCAGUCGCAGAUGCAGACACGGAUGCAGAUACAGACGCAGAUGCAGCAGAGCAGCCGACUGCCACAGUACCUUCGCAAGAUGGUAGCAAAGCCAAAUGAAAAGUGCCUGAAACCUGGGAAGGAAGAAGAUGACGUCCACAAAAGCUUCUCCGAACUUCUGGAAGAGCUGAUAAAGAAAGAUGCGCCAUACGCCCUCAGCCUCGCCAACAGGCUUUACGGACAGCAGUGCGACCAGUUUGUUGAGGAUUUCUUAGCAAAAACCAAAAGUCUCUACCAAGCUGAGCUGGAGUCUGUGGACUUCCAAACCAACGCUGAAGCAGUCAGAGUCAACAUCAACGGCUGGGUGGAGGAGCAGACGCAAGGUAAAAUUAAGGAUCUGCUUGCCGAGGAUAAGGUGGACAGCUCGACCAUUUUGGUGCUGGUCAACGCCAUCUACUUCAAAGGCAACUGGGACAAACAGUUCAAGGAGGAUUCUACUGUUGAUGCUCUGUUUAGAAUGAACAAGAAUGACUCUAAAUCGGUGAAGAUGAUGCAACAGAAAAGUAAAUUUCUUUUCGCCUCCAUUCCCGAGGCCAGCUGCCAGGUCCUGGAGAUGCCUUAUAAAGGGAAGGACCUCAGCAUGCUCAUCUUCCUGCCCAAUGAGAUAGAGGACGACUCAACGGGCCUUGAGAAGCUGGAGAAGGAGCUGACCUAUGAGAAAUUUGUGGAGUGGACUCGCCGAGACAUGAUGGGUGAAAAUGAGGUGGAGGUGAAGCUGCCUCGAUUCAAGAUGGAGGAGUCGUAUGACUUGAAAGAAAUACUGAAGAGCAUGGGCAUGGUCGAUGCUUUUGAUGUCACAAUGAGUGACUUUUCAGGCAUGUCCAAGGCAAACAACCUUGUACUGUCAGAAGUCGUCCACAAGGCUUUCGUAGAGGUCAACGAGGAGGGAACUGAGGCCGCUGCUGCAACUGCUGCCAUCUUGAUGGAACGCGCUUUAUUGAUUCCAGAUACGUUCAUCGCUGACCACCCCUUCCUCUUCUUCAUCCGACACAACUCCACCAUGAGUGUUCUCUUUGCUGGCCGAUACUGCUCCCCUGAGUGAGCGCUACAGCAGAUUAUAAGACAAGUAAAGGGCCCUCACCCCUCAAUAAUUCAAUUAUUUAUAAUAGUUUAAAAAUAAAAUGCAAUUUUUCCUUUUUUCAAUCAUUUUUUGUCUUAAUAACAAAUUUGGUCUAAAAUUGUAUUAUUUCUUCUGUCCAUAUAUGAACCACAAUGUAUGAAAUAAUAUAGUAUUAUUUCUGUCUAUGCAAUCUGAAUAUAAAUCAUGGUGUGUUGACAGUAUGAGAAGAACAAAACAGAAUAAAGGAUCUUGUGUGAA